CUACAGCUCUUCCUCGCACCGUCGGAGUCCGCCUCAUGGUAUAUGAUAUUUGAGAGGAUAGAGCAACGGAGUUUCAAAGACAGAUGCUGAUGUUCGCUUGGCAAAGAUCUCCGUCGAAGAAGCCCUCGGCGCUCCAAUAUGGAAGCUCGCAUAGAUGGAGAUGAUCAUAAUUACUACGAUGAGCGAGGCGAUCGGUCAUACGAUCGACCGAACGAUCGAUACGAACAAAGACCUCGCGACAGAGGCCCUCGAGAUCGCCAUAGAAGCGGAUAUCGAGACAGAGAUCGCGCUGGAUACCGGUCGCCUCCAUAUGGAGAAAGACGCCGAAGUCUGAGCAGAAGUUCUCCUCGAGGGGGAAGAGACCGGUCACCACGCCGCGAACCCCAGCCGAGCAAGGAAAUCCACAUGGAUGGACUUCCGGAAUCUAUGAAGGAAGACGACAUCAUGAGAGAACUCAAACAGUAUCAUGUUGGGGAACUCAGCGAUGUGCGAGUCGUCCGGGAUAAGAAGACAGGUCUCUCCCGCGGCUUCGGUUUUCUUCAGUUUGGAAACUUGGAAGAUGCAGAGGAUUUCAUGGAUCGCAAUUACCCCUUCCUAUACUUUCGUGGUCCGGAGGAUUCAGACAGUGACUGGACUUUGAAGGUCAAAUUGGCUUACAGUCGAGAGCGGGAUAUUUCGGAUCGCAGCUCAGAACGGACUUGGCCAUGUCCUAAUUGCUCCGUUCAAAAUUAUGCAAAGCGCAUGCAAUGUUUCCGCUGCGGCGCUGCAAGACGGCUCGAUCUCUUAGCCAAACCCGGCAAUGUUCCGAAUGCAGACCCCUUACAAAAUUUCACCAACAACGGCGAUAGUGACGCUGCACUUGAUUCCACACCUUCUCAAUUCCUCUUACUUCGAGGACUCGAGCCUGGGGUAACUGAGGAAUUGUUGCUCAAAGGGAUCUCAAAGCUGUUCAAACAUUCUGAUCAGGAACUUCAAUCGAAACCUGGGCAAAAGGUUGUCUCGACAACGUCUGUUGUGAACUUGGGGGCUCCCGAAGGUAGCCUGAGACGUAUCUUUCUCAUCCGAGAUCGACACACGGAUGACAGUUGGAGGUAUGGGUUUGCGGAGUACCGCACUAUCGAGGAUGCCCAGGCCGCUUUGACAAAGUUCCACUCCUUGGACAAAUUUACCAUCUCAUCGAAGCCGGUAUGGAUAAGCUACAUCCAUCCGGGCGUAUUCGUACCCGAUCUGAACCACGAUCAGCCAGAAAAGUAUACGUUCAAGGCAACGAAUAAUCCUGCCCUGCUACUGGCGUAUUGGGACGCUGGAGCGUAUGCAAAUGAGCAUGUCGUUGCAUGUGACAACUCCCCUUCCGCCGCAGCCGGCAGCCAGACUACAGGCGAGGCCGAGUCUAGGAAGAAUGGGUUAGACACAGGUAAAGAUUCGAGCGCAAAGCAAACGAAGAAACGCAAAGCCGAGAAUGUUGCUACACCCACCAAUAAGAAGGUUAUGCCAUCGCAUCUGCAACUGUGGACAAAUCGGCAUGCAGAGUUGCAUGGAGGAAAGAAGGAAAAUGAAGAAAGCCAAGGGGAUACCUCUGGUCCGGAUUCGAAACCGAACGUCAGUCAUGUUCAAUCAUAUGCCGACGUUAAUCGGAAGUGCUGUCUGCUCUGCACUCGUCAGUUCAAAAGCGUCGAGGAAGUCCACAAGCACGAGCGGCUCAGCAAACUCCAUCAGGGUAAUCUCGAGAACAUUGACCUACGAAAUAAGGCCUUGGAACGGCUUCGGAAGGCUGGUAUCCCGGUCACAGUCCCGCCCAUUGCUGAACCCUCUUCGCCCACCGGCUCCGGACAAGAAUACCGGGAUCGCGCGAAGGAGCGACGCAAGCUUGAAUUAGCAGCGGGAAAUGCUGGAGAUCAAAGUCUUACACCCAACCGGGAGAAGGUCAAGUUGUCACUAGGUAAAAAGAGCUCUUCCAACAUUCGACCUCCUUCUCCUGAGCCAGAGCCGAGUCCUGCACUCUCCAAGGGUGCCUCUCUCCUAGGGAAAAUGGGUUGGUCCGCAGGCAGUGGUCUGGGUGCUGAUGGAUCUGGUCGGACCGCUCCUGUCCAAACCGAACUUUACCGCGAAGGUGUUGGUCUGGGAGCCCAAGGUGGGAAGAUCGGGGAUGCCCUUGAGGAAGCGGAUAGGAAUACCAAGGGCGACUAUGGGACCUUUGUUGCACGGACAAAGGAAAAGGCAAAGGAGAGAUUUGAGUCAUUGGGUUGAGGUUGUUAUCGCCUCGAAUAAUGGAGACAAUCUCAUUGGAUUUGAUGAGAUGACCAAUUGGGCCAAUGUGACGUUGCCCAGCACAUAUUAUUUAUUCCUCGUACUGUUUCACCUCGACAGUCUAUAUACAUCACCGGUAUUACUACCUCUCCUUGUGGAAAUUGAUCAUUUUUCAACAAUC